CCCCUUAGAAACUCCCACUCUCUUCUCUUCCUCUUCAUUUUGACAAAGUACACUCAGCAGCAGAUUCGUCCGUCCGAACCGCAACUUUAUAGCUCACGAGAAAACUGCCAUCUCGGUGUUUUAAAAACAACUUCCAGCUUUUAUCAUUCGUUUACUUCUUAUUUAUAUAUAUUGGAAAACUUUUUUUUUUUUUUUUUUUUAAUGAAAUGGUCGUUGGCGCUUCUUUAUUUGUGACACCUGUUGUUCGGAGCGAGCCGGUUCGGGCUCGUCUUUACUUUCCAUUGGACUUUUAAAGGAAUUUCUCUGAGCAUAAACUCGUUUUUAACGUUUCUACUGGUCAUCAAUGGACUUUUUGUGAAAAAGUGGACUUCAAGGUGGCAUCUGUCAAAAUACAAGAGCGACAACAAGUGGGCUUCUGUCUCGCACUUUCGACACGUUUUCUGCAUGGUUUUCUUCGAACAAACUUCUCGACGCGCAACAAAAGGACUGGACUAAGCGGAGCACUUUCCCCGGCACCGGGCGGCGAACCAUGGACACCAGGCCGGCGUGGAGACGACAGGGCGGUGGAGUCCGGCACUUGUUGGUGGGGCUGGUCGCGCUCCUCAGCGGAACCUCGCAGUUAUCGCUGGUGGACGCCAACUCGUGGUGGUCAAUGGCGUUGACCCCCAUUCAGAGGCCGGAGAUGUACAUCAUCGGAGCUCAGCCGCUUUGCAGUCAGCUGUCCGGUCUCUCCCAAGGUCAGAGGAAGCUGUGCCAGCUCUACCAGGAUCACAUGAUGUACAUCGGGGACGGAGCCAAAACGGGCAUCAAGGAGUGCCAAUACCAGUUCAGACAGAGGAGGUGGAACUGCAGCACGGUGGACAACACGUCCGUCUUUGGACGUGUCAUGCAAAUCGGUUCCAGAGAAACUGCCUUCACGUACGCCGUCAGCGCGGCCGGCGUAGUCAACGCCAUCAGCCGGGCCUGCCGCGAGGGCGAGCUGUCCACCUGCGGCUGCAGCCGGGCGGCACGGCCCCGCGACCUGCCUCGGGACUGGCUUUGGGGCGGCUGCGGCGACAACGUGCACUACGGCUACCGCUUUGCCCGCGAGUUUGUAGAUGCCCGGGAGCGUGAGAAGAACUUCCCGAGGGGCUCUCCGGAGCACUCGCGCACGCUCAUGAACCUGCAGAACAACGAAGCGGGACGACAGGCGGUGUACAACCUGGCCAACGUGGCCUGCAAGUGUCACGGUGUGUCAGGCUCGUGCAGCCUGAAGACGUGCUGGCUCCAGCUGGCUGACUUCCGCCGCGUUGGCGAGUUCCUCAAGGAGAAGUACGACAGCGCCGCCGCCAUGCGUAUCGGACGCAAGGGCAAACUGGAACAAGUGGACAAGCGCUUUAACCCACCCACUCCGGAAGAUCUGGUGUACAUCGACCCAAGUCCGGACUACUGCCUCCACAAUGAGACUACGGGCUCGCUAGGCACGCAAGGCCGCCUGUGCAACAAGACGUCGGAAGGCAUGGACGGCUGCGAACUGAUGUGCUGCGGCCGGGGCUACGAUCAAUUCAAGACGUACAAGCACGAGCGCUGCCACUGCAAGUUCCACUGGUGCUGCUACGUCAAGUGCAAGCGCUGCACCUCCCUGGUCGAUCAGUUUGUCUGUAAAUAACGGCGACGACGGAGUCGAAAUAAAAGUGCUGCUGGGUUUGCUUCAGGAUCAACCGAUCAAUCCUUUUUCUGUACCGCUUCGUCCGAUCCCAGCUGACUUUGAGCCAGAACUGUUCACGCUCACAGUUAAUGAAUGACAAAUACAUGAACACGGGCCCGUGUUGAGAUUCUCAGAUCUUCAGAACUGCCUUGCAGAUGUGCUAACCACUCGCUCACCAUUUGGAGUCUUUUUAAAAAUCCUUCCUCCUUUCCUGACCCAAACCCUGACAGCCGACGGAAGAUGAAAAUAAGCAGGCGAAAUAAAUGGAUCCUAAAAAGAAGGGACGAAUGACUCCAAUGAAAUAGAAAAUUAGAUAACUGAAUAAUAGACAAUUUAAAAGAGACUCUCACACACUAUAGUUUGUAUCAACCCCUUUGAUUCUGGCUAGCAGGAGUGAACAUGCUAACUGCCAAAACCAAGGAAUUGCUUGUCAAAGACUGGAAGGAGUCAGUCUUCAUGACACAGUCAUAGAAAUGCAAUUACCUAAAAAUCUUCCAGGUCCGACACGACCUUUGUCGAAGAGCAACACGCACGGGAUAAGAAGCAACAUUAUGAGAUUGACGACCCAUAAAUCCAUAUCAACAGUUAACCGAGCUUGACCUGACGUCUUCCCUUGGGCCCGUCCCGUCUUCAUCCUGUUUCCAAAAUAUAUCACGCUUGCCUAUGGUGGGAAAGAAUUGGUCGAUAAUAAUUAAAUCUGAUUGACAAGAGACUUAAAAAAUGAACUUGUGUGUGACCCAAAAAAAAGAACAGAAUGGACUGCGAUUUAUUAUGAGCUACUUUAAAAGAAAUUUUGAUCAUAAGAGAAAGUAUAUAUUUUAUUACUGUUUUCAUUUUGUAUGUUUUAUACAUAUUCUUUUGAUAAACUAGUCUAUG